AUGAAUUCAACCUAAUAACCGUCGAACACAAUUCAAAAUUAAUAGAGAUAACACUCUAAGUCCUUUUCUGUGAGUGCUACUUAAAAACUUAGUUAGUAAUAAAAAAGAGUUGAAAGAUCAUAUGAAGAAAUCACAGCAGAAAAGCAAUUAUCAAAUGUAGAACAACAAAGACUCACCUCAGUUUUCAAUUACUUGUUGACUUUUAAUGAUGACAGGAUUAAACCCCUUGAACCAGGAAUAAAUGCAGAUACCUUAAUGAAUGCACUCGAUAAAGUAGAUUAUCUAUUACCAAUUAAAGACGCAGAAUUAUUCAUUUGGGAAGUUGAUGAAGAUGGUGAUAAGAGAGUCAAUUAUUAUGAAUUUCAAAUGAUGUAUAAAAGAUGCAUCUUUGAUUCUACUUUGUUGGAACCGAGAAAUCUAUUCAACAUUGUUUAGUUCUUUAUGUAUGACAAGGCUAAGCAUGGCAAGAUUACAGUGGAAGACACAUUGGAAUUAUUGUUCGUACGUCAUGGCAGAGGAGGUUUAGAUGAGGAGAUCUAGGCCAUAUUUGGAAGGGAGGAAAAAAACAGUGAUGGAACUGAAAAAACAUUGAGUUUUACAGAUUAUUAUGAGAAAACAAGAAUUAGAGAUUUUCAAAGGAGGAAGGAUGCUGAAUAGACAAGGAAGGAGGUUAAGCUUCCACCGCUUGAAGAUAAAAAAUGA